GAAAGUUUGUGUACAUGUAGUUACAUCAAAUAUGAAAUUACUUAGAAUAAUUUCUAAUAUUGGUGUUGGUGCAUUUAGAAAAUCUACAAAAACCUUGGAAGAUCUCCAAAUGAUCUCAAUUCAAAUAGAGAAAUCGAGACAUUUACGUGAAAUUAGCCUUCCUGAAGUUGAAUGAGGCUAAGAAAGUCAGUUAGCCAAUCACAUAUAGCGCGCGCCUUUUCAAAACGAUCAAAAGAAAGCCAGUUUCAGGUGCCAGAAUUUAACGUUUUUAGUCAGCAAACAAGAUACAUCGUUAUAUUUAUAUUAAAUUCUGCCGAGAAAAGACAAGAGCAUUGUAAAUAAAUGACAUGAAAACAGUAGAGGGGAGAAAGGAUUGAAAACAAGUUGCAAGGAUGGGUGGCGGGAAGAUGUUAAUUUUCCGUCCGAGCACAUCGGUGGCUCAUUUGAUCAGGAAGGGGGCGCCGCUUCCAAUACCGUCCCCGCGACCCGUGAUGGACAGAUGGCCAGCCCAAUCAGAGCAGCAGUCUCAUUAUAUAUACUGGUGCAGGCGCCUGCCUUCAGCAUUUAGCUUUCUGGUUUCCGAGGUCGUCAUGGCUCGCACCAAGCAGACGGCGCGUAAGUCCACGGGCGGGAAGGCCCCGCGGAAGCAGCUGGCCACCAAGGCGGCCCGGAAGAGCGCGCCGGCCACCGGCGGCGUCAAGAAACCGCACCGCUACCGGCCCGGCACGGUGGCGCUGCGCGAGAUCCGGCGCUACCAGAAGUCCACGGAGCUGCUGAUCCGCAAGCUGCCCUUCCAGCGGCUGGUGCGCGAGAUCGCGCAGGACUUCAAGACGGACCUGCGCUUCCAGAGCUCGGCCGUGAUGGCGCUGCAGGAGGCUUGCGAGGCCUACCUGGUGGGGCUGUUCGAGGACACCAACCUGUGCGCCAUCCACGCCAAGCGCGUCACCAUCAUGCCCAAGGACAUCCAGCUCGCGCGCCGCAUCCGCGGGGAGCGGGCCUAAGGCAUUUUCCCCAGUUAGCAUCCCCUGUCCCCAAAGGCUCUUUUCAGAGCCACUGCCGUUCUCACUGUGAGUGGCUGUUGCACUACGGUUUGGCCUCUAACGACACUCGGAGGACAGACUUGAUGAAAAUGGGCAAGUGAUGGCCGGGUUCCCCUCAAACCACGGACACUUAAUGUUUCUCACGGAGUGUAGUGUUAAAUGGGAUUGCCAGGCCCCAUGUACUGUGCACUAAUUAAGGAAGCAGCUCUUUAACAGCAAAGCAACAGUUUUUCCGCAGCGAUAGCUACUUCCCAUUUCCAUCCUUGUGACCCAGUCGUAAAGAAAAUCCCCAGGAAAGGACCUGUACCACCAGGUAGGGUGGCAUUCAGAGCACCUCCACUUCCCACAUUAAUCUGGCAGAAGAGUUGUGGGUCAUGCUGAUUUAUCCACAUCUCAGGAAGAUUAGGAUUUCAAUAGCAUUUCCCUUUGAGAAUUACUUCUCAUUGUUUAGCGGCAUCUGGUAACUUACUGGAUUUUAUGUUAAAUGUUACCCUCCUUCACACUCACUACUCCAAGAUCUGAUACUAUAAAAUUACUAAAUUAGGCCUCUGGCUUUUAUUUGCCAGCUUCCGGGAGCCUGGCAGUGCAAAGUGUUGCGGAGCAUUCCACAGGCAUAAGACUUAACCAGCACUGAUUCAACUCUACUCUGGCUCUUAGAGCAACACACGUGCACACUGAAAAAGGACUGUCCCUGUAAUUUUUACUGGUACUUCAGACCAUGCUCAAUUACUUGAGUCGACUUCUCUGGCAGUUAAGUUCCUUACAAGUGCUUUUCUUCAGUUCUCUUGACAGGCUAGUGCCUCAAUUUAUACUUAUUGCUAACUUGUGUACAGUUGGUGUACAUUCUUUCUAAUACAAAUAAAGGAAAACAAUACUUUGCUCAUCUAAGCAUUCCAGAAGACUACCUGACAAAUUGGCUGUGUACAUUGUCAUUUCUGCCCGUCAAGUUUGGGAAACAAGUCCUUCCUUACAUUGUUAAUACCAUUGUUUUCUGGAAAUUAGAUCACUACUGCAGACAUUACACCAUCUGCUUGUGGUCGUGUGUUAUGUGCCUGAGUGGGUUCGUAGGGAGGAGGACGUAUGAUCACCGUAUACAGAAUUAGGUUGAUGCUAAUAUUUCAUCAAAUUAAAGUGCUUUUUAUUUGAAUUAGCACCUUAAGCUAAAGAAAGUGUUGAGUAUCCCCUCUCAGCAAUCAUCCUAACUAUGGAAAAGAAGAUAAAAAAUAUUUGGAGAGAAGGGCCCUUUCCAGGCCUCCUCCCCCCACCCUCCACUCCACUCGAAGGUAAUUUGUAUACAGACUGGUAUUCUUAAGUGUGUAACUGCCUUUUCUCUUUCUGGGUUGGGGAACUAAGCUAUUAAUUGGUCAGGAAGGUCCCACCACAGAGAUGGUCGUCUACAGUGAUCAAUAAAUACUCUUGCUGGAGGGGGAGGGCAACCUGUCCUGGAAAUAUGCAUUCCGUAUACUUCUCCAAAGUAGUCUUUCACUUGUGAUUAUGUAAUUUUACUCGGGGGCAGUGAGUAAUUCUAGUUAUGUGGACACCGAUACACCACGUCUCUCAAAACACCCCAUGUGCUGAGCAGCUACGGUCUGGCAGUCUCCCACCUAAGCUCUUUCCGGCCUUUCAACAAGCUUUCAUGUCCAUCAAGGAUCUGAGUUUUGCUGUAGGAAUGGCACAGAAAAACGAAUAUUCAGUGACACCAGACCUGACCCAUGUUAAUGGCUGGGUGGUGAUCCAAGUACUAAGAUGAGAUCACCAGGGAAGCAGUGAUGAUCUACAAGAAUUUCAGGAAGGACUUGAUGAAUCUGUACGUCUGAACUCAGGAGAUGAAGUCUGGGAUGGACAGACUUGGGAGUCAUUAGUAUAGAAAAGAACUGAAAGCAGAGUUGCCUGCAGAUCUCUUCUGGUUCUUCCCUUCUCUUUUAAUCUCUGCCUUUCUGCCAAUAUAGAACUUGUCAUUUGCAUCUUGCACAUAUGAAAACCACGGGUCUGCUGAUGUUGUAAUUCCUAUAGUUGCCACUUAUUUGCAACUUCCUUAAUCCUCAGACCUUACUCUUCCCUCUCCUAAUACCUUGCAUGUACUCUUUUGUAAUGUGCUUUGCUUGUUACUCCCCAUUAGUUUCUUUGCAGUCUUGCAAAACUAUCCUUAAUGCUUAUUUAAGUGUGUAAUAAAUAUUUGUUGAAAGCGUAAGUACAUUGAGAGGAAACCAGUCUCUGUACCUGCAUUUCUUGAAAUGGCAAACUGGUUAAGUGGCAUAAAUAUCAAAAUGUUUUACAAAGCCUAGAAUAAAAAAACCUUGCUACAAAUAUAGAAGACAUACCAGAAUCUUUUACCUCUAUUCUCAAGACAGCCUCUGCUUUUUCAAGUUAUUACUUUUCACAGGGUCCUAUUAGUGCCCUUGGAGUCUACUUAGCAUUCAGUACCAUCAUUGUUAUGACCAAGUUUGACUACUACACAUGGUCAUCUAUUCUGGCAGUGGUAACAAACGUCAGAUAGUAUCUCCAAGUACUUUUAGUUAGUACAUUGAAGACAAUCACAUCAAAGGUUAAAGACUUACAAUGAGACCUGUAACAAGAUACAGCUAACUUCCAGUAUGGGCCUGGAUGGGCAUCUUAAGUAAACUUAAUGAUGUUCUAGAUUCAAUAUGGCCUUGAAAUCAGCCUAUUUUAAGAUAUAAAAUGUCAACUUGUUUGAAACAGCUCCUAAAUACCAACUGUGAACUGAGGACAAGGAGGUCAGAGGUCAGGA